AUGUCGAGACGUGGGAGUAGACCACCAAAUACUUCGCUUUAUGUGCGAAAUAUACCUGACCAAGCACGGCCAGAUGAUAUCCGCCAGGCCUUUGCAAAGUACGGCCCUAUAAUGGAUGUGUACAUACCAUUGGACCACUACACUCGAGAGCCGAGGGGCUUUUGUUACGUACAAUUUGAGUAUGUACGGGACGCAGAGGAAGCCAUGUAUGGGUUGGAUCGCAAUCGCUUCCUUGGACGAGAGCUGGAUACAUUUGCUGAGGGGGACAGAAAAACUCCAAACCAGAUGAGAAGCCGUGACACCUACAAACGUAGUGCGGCGACGUACAGUCGCAGUCCUGACUAUGACAGGCGAUCUCGUAGUCGUAGCCCAUCCCGACGCUCCAGGAGCAGGAGUCCAUACCGACGCUCUAGGAGCAGGAGUCCAUACCGCAGUCGUCGUUCUCGUAGUCGGACACGCUCCCGUAGUUAUUCACAGGACAAGAACAAAAGGUGA